AAACUCAUUUGCAAGUUACCAGCACAGAGUGUCACUCAAGGAGCGGGGAGUCUGCAGUCACCCGGGCAGCCACUGUCACUAUCAGGGCAACUGCUGUCAUUCCCAAGUUACCAGCCUCUGAUCGGAAAUCUGACAGUGAAUUUAUUGAAUUCUGACUCUCUUUUGGGGACAU